AUGCCUCGAUAUUUACUUUUUUUUGCUCAUGAACUCAUCGAAUUUCGUCUAUCUGAAUUAUUCAGUUUGGCUGAAAUGUUCGGUUUUCGUGAGAGUAUGACAAUUGAAAGAAAACCAGAUCAGGAUCCAUUUUUGUUAUGCACAUUUUCCAAUGUCGAUCAUCUCAAAUUAUAUUCAUCUCGAUCGGUUUUGUUAAAAUCUGCUUAUGAAUAUUGGACACAUGGAUCAUCAUUGACAGAUGUUGUUGAUAAAUUAACCGUACAUUCCGAUUGGCGUCCUAAAUUGAAUGAAACAUGGCGCAUACUUGUUCACGCUUUUCGAAAACAAUUUACACAACCAGAAAAAAUCCAACGAAUUGAUGCAUUCAGUGAUCGAUUAAAUAUACGAAAUAAAUUUUGUUUGAAUAAUAAAGCUGAUUGUACAGUAGGUCUCUUUGAAAACUAUGAAGAAGGAAGACUUGAACAACCAAACGAAGUUUUUGUUGGUAGAUGGAUAUGUGAUGGAGCACGUCAUUUAAUUGAAAAAUAUGAUGUUCGAAAACGUUAUUUUAUUGGUAACACAACAAUGGAUGCUACACUUUCAUUUGUUAUGGCAAAUAUGGCUCAAUGUCAAUCAAAUCAUAUUACAUUGGAUCCAUUCUGUGGCACAGGCGGAAUCCUUCUGGCUUGUGCUGAAUUUGGUAGUUAUGUUAUUGGUGGUGAGUUUGAUUGGCGUGUUUUAACAGCAAAAGCAAAACCAACAAAAGCUAAUACGAAACAACUUACUCGUAAUCCUGAUGAAAUGAUGCAUCGAAAUUUUUCUGAUUAUGGCACAUUAAACCGUUUUUUGGAUGUAAUUGGAUCUGAUUUUGCAUAUCCACCGUGGCGUCCAACAUUUUUCUUUGAUUCUAUUGUUUGUGAUCCACCUUAUGGUAUUCGUGAAUCAUCUCAACAUAAAAGUCGUCGUCGAACUGAUAAAACAGAUGAUGAUCAAAAUCCUGUGUCAGAAAAAUAUGAUUUAACAAAUAUAUAUGUUGAUCUAUUAAAUUUCGCUAAUGUUUAUUUACGUAUUGGUGGCCGAUUGGUUUUCUGGUUGCCAACACACAUAGUAACAUAUGAUGAAAAUUUACUACCAACACAUCCAUGUUUUACAUUAUUUUCUAAUGAUGAACAACAACUAAAUCGAACUGUUAGUCGAAGAUUAUUAACAUUAGUUAAAAUACGUGAAAGUAACAAUAAUGAAAAAGCUCAAGUGAAUGAAAAAUUAUUUAGUAAUUUUCGUGAUCUUUAUUUUACACCGAACACAAAAAUAUGGGAACAAUUAUAUAGUAACAAUACUAUAACUGAUUCUAUGGAUGUUUCAAAAGAACAAAAUCAUGAUGAAUGA